AUGCCGCCUCAUCCAGAUUAUCAACCCCCGCGGCUCCGCAUACCACCAAAGGAGUUCAGAACAGCGGCAGUAGUGCGCGUGGCACUGGGCCAGGUGAUCUUCCAGUCCACGUGGGUGGCGAUGCUGCUCUCCUACCUCGCAUCCAAAGAAUCGCGUGUCCCAAUGCGGGAAGCAAAGCAAGUGUAUCUCGACCGCAAGCUCAAGAGGCUCUUCCUCUGGACACGUAUCCUCCACCGUACACUCCGACCGUAG